UGUUUUCUUCAUUGAGGACUCUUUGCACUAUAGCUUUUAUACCCCCAAGUCUCUCGUGAUAUCUCUCUUGUUCUGAUGUAAUUUCUCCUAUAUCACUUUUUUUUUUUUUUCAUGUAUUUCUUUUUGUCGUCUCCUUUCAAAACUCUCCUCUUCAAAGCCAUGUGCAGUUUCUGUCCAACCAUUUGUUUUAUCUAUUGUCGUGCUACUUGGCGGUUGGAAGGCUUUACACUUUUUGUUUUAUCUGCUGGCGCUAAUAGGAUUCCUGGCGUAGGCGCACGCUCGCAGGAUAUGGCAUGGAUUGGAACUCAUCUGAUUGAUGGAACAAUACAAAUCUGAUAUCUUAAUUGACUUUUUGAAUGAUCAUUUGAUUAAUCUUGAUUGCUCAUAAUUCUAUCGUUCG